ACGUUUAAAUAAUUUGUGUAAUGAAGACUGUGACCUGUGAGACGCAGAUGAGUCGUUUCAAUUGCCCCGUCAUAUUAUAAAACGGUUGGAGUGAGGGGAAUGAAUUGGAGAUAAACGCGCAGCACUAAAGUAUUGCUCGUAGAUCAGCACAGGGUUCGAGGCGACUUUUUUCAUGGUGAACCCAUAGACAGCAGCUCAAAGGGACACCGUGUUGCGCUUACCAUGGUGCUGGAGCGGACACUUCUUGCUGCCAGGCAGGGAGAUGUGCAAACUCUGAAACUGCAGAUGGCCGAAAAAGUGCUCACGGCCGAGGUGAAGGACUUGCUCGGAGCAUCGCCUGUGCACCACGCAUCCCGGGCGGGGAAGUUGGCGUGCCUGCGUUACUUGGUGGAAGAAGCAGGUCUGCCAGGGAACAGUCUUGCAAAUAAUGGCGCUAACCCAGCACACGACGCAGCUGCCACGGGCAACCUGACAUGCCUGCAAUGGCUACUGACCCAAGGAGGCUGUCGUGCCACGGACAAAGACAGCUCUGGAGCCACAGUUCUGCACCUUGCCGCACGUUUCAGUCACCAUGAGAUCACGGAGUGGUUGCUGAAGAGCAGUGAGGGUGACCCCAGUGUCUCCACGGAGUCUGGAGCCCUUCCUGUGCACUACGCCGCCGCCAAGGGCGACCUCCCCUCCCUGCGACUGCUGCUGGACCACAGCCCAAAUGUUGUCAAUUUCCAAACCAAAAACGGUGCCACGCCCCUUUACCUGGCCUGCCAGGAGGGUCACCUGGAGGUUGUCCAGUACCUGGUGAAGGACUGUGGGGCCGACCCCACCAUAAGGGCCAAUGAUGGGAUGACCCCCCUGCAUGCCGCCGCCCAGAUGGGACACAACACUGUUAUCGUUUGGCUGAUGAGCUUCUCGGAUGUCAGCCUGGCCGACAAGGACAACGACGGUGCCACUGGCAUGCACUUUGCAGCCAGCCGCGGCCAUGCCAAGGUGCUGAGCUGGCUGCUGCUUCAUGGGGGAGAGAUCGUCAUGGACAGCUGGGGGGGUACGCCCCUCCACGACGCGGCUGAGAACGGAGAGCUGGAGUGCUGCCAGAUCCUGGUGGUGAACGGUGUGGACCUGGCCAUCCGAGACCAAGAUGGCUUCACGGCGGCAGACCUGGCGGAGUACAACGGACACCCGCAGUGUGCCAAGUACCUGCGCACUGUGGAGAACAUGAGCGUGGAGCACCGUGUGCUGUCCAGGGACCCCUCCACGGACCUGGAGUACAAGCAGCAGCCGGACUCAGGCCUGUCCUCCCCCAACGCCACCAUGCCGGCCUCCGCAGCCCCCGCCACCCACUUCGACCUGGGCUCGCCCUCCAGCUCCCUCUCCAACUACGACUCGGCCAACUCCAGUCAGUCCAGCACCGGGGAGAAGAGGAGCUCUGUGCCGCCUCCCCCCUCCAAGCUCGCCACAGCCCCAACAGAGUCGGCCAUCACAGACAUGCAGGCCUACAUGAACAUGCUGGACCCAGACCCGUCGAGCUCCACACAGCAGCAGCAGCAGCAGGAGAAGGCCAAGGAGCAGGUGAAGAACAACACCAAAGCAACCUCCACGAGCGAGCCGCUCCCCCCGCCGCCCUCCUUCCCUCCUCCUCCACCCCCUCAGGGCACCGUGUCUCGGCCCCCACCGCCCCCCGCCUACCCUCCUCCCCAGCCGCCUGAGGACGACGCUUCGGCCGAGAUGUACCUGAAGGUGAAGAGCAACCUGCGCCAUGUGGACAGCGACGGCCCCAAGAAACAGGCACCACCGCCAGUACUAGACCACUCUGAGCGCCUGAGGAGGGUGGACUCAAACAGGAAGUCCAGGAGCUUCAACAAGCAGCCCAGCACUGGGGACUACUACAAGGCCUUGGGCCACGACUCACCAGACACGCCAGCCACCAGGAGCCUCCACAUGGCCCCGAACGAGGAGGGUUCCAUGCUAUUGGAGGAGCCAGCAGAGACCAGUCCGAGCACAGCGAACGGCACAACGGAGGAGAUGCCCCUGCCUCCUCCUCCUCCCCCACUGCCCUCCAGCAACCCCACCCCCCCUCCUCCUCCACCUCCGCCUCUGCCCUCAGGAGGGCUGCCCUGCACCCCUUCUCGCUCCGCCAGCAGCCCACCGCCAGGAGCUGCCUCCACCCAGCGACGCUCAUCCUCCUCCGGAAGUUCGAAAUCCUUCAACAUGAUGUCCCCCACCGGUGACAAUUCAGAGCUGCUGGCUGAAAUUAAAGCAGGGAAGAGCCUGAAACCAACGCCCCAGAGCAAAGGAUACACCACUGUCUUCUCCAACAGCAGCAACCCUGGCAGUCCCGAGAGCCAGCCAUCACCACCUCAGACGCGCGCUGCACACUCGACGAAGACUUAUAACUCAUCCCCGCCUGUAUCCAACGCUCCAACCCCGUCUCCCAAACCUGCACCCAUGGCACCCACCACCACCACCCCCACCACCCCCCGCGCCAGCUCCGCCACAGCACCCAGCACGCCCAAGAGCAUGAGCAGCUCGUCCAGCAGUGACCCACUGCCUUCGGCAGCCAUGAACGGCACCUCGAACUCGGGCAGCGGGCAGCCUCGCAAGGGCAGCCUGGUGGACGUGGAGGCGCUGGUGCCAACCCACGAUGAGCAAGGCCGUGCCAUCCCCGAGUGGAAGAGGCAGGUGAUGGUGCGCAAACUGCAGGUCAAGAUGCAGGAGGAAGAGGAGCAUAAACGCAAGGCUGAUGCAGAGGCGGCACGGCUAGCCUCCAUGCCCGCCUGGAGGAGAGACAUCAUGAAGAAGAAGCUGGAGGACGAGAAUGGUAGAAAAGAACAGAAGAGGAAAGAGGAAGAGAAGGCCAAGAUGCAGAAGGAGAGUGUGGAGAAACAGGAGCAGGAGCGACUACGGACCUUAGGCUACGACGAGUCCACACUGGCCCCGUGGCAAAGGCAGAUCAUCCUGAAGAAAGGGGACAUUGUAAAACAAUAGAAGCUCCUCAUCCCACCACUAGCACCACCAGCUCCCCCCUCGCUGCCCCCUGUCCUCUCCUCAGUCACAGCCACUGCCCACCAGGCAACCACAACCACAACUCCAGCCACCCCACCCGCCCGCCCACUUCACAGGUCCCAGGUCUGAUCUGCAACCCCAAUAGGCCAGAAUAAUCUGGACUGACUCCCCAGCCUAGCUUGUUGUUGUAUCAUUGAAGCAUUGCGUCCACCAGCACAGCAUGGUCCGGUGAGCCCAAAGGCUUGCAUACUUUAAAAAAAAAAAGCAUGUACACUCUUCAACCUGCGCCUGCAUAGCUCAUAGAGGAUGGAUGGUAACAAUGCAUGUGGCUGCACAUCAAAUACUGUACUACCAUGCUGAUGGGGAUCGGUUUACUAGACCCGUGUCGUAUCAUCAUAGACUUGUAGUUGCACAUUGUUAUGUGUAUGGUAGACUGAAACCACACCACACGUACAUACAGUACACUACACACAGACUUGUUUUGCUACAUGCUUUGUCCUUUGUAAUUGUGCAGCUACUGUAUAGAUCUCGAUGCAUAUCAUUCUACCGACAUAAAUAUUUCAGCAAAUGUACAGAACUUCUACUACUACUACUACUACUACUAUGACUACUACUACUACUGACUCCAACUAUAUCUGUGCAAUGCUUAUUUCAUUAAUAUAAUAUGCAUAAAUGUGAUGUAUAAAUAUAUCUUCUUGUCUACGUAAGUAUACAUUUAAUCAACCCUACAGGACAAUAUAUGGCACUGAUUCAAUGAGGAAUAUGUUGAUAAUUUCUUUGUUUUUUAGACUGAGAGGUUCCAUAGACAUAAGAGUUUUAAAAUGUGCAAGCAUUUAUCACCCUGAUAAACGAUGAUCAAUAUUUAACAUGACAUAAAGAAACCUAAUUAUAAUCUUGUAUGAAGGCACAUCUUAUUGUUCUCAAUGUUAAGCUUUUUGGCUUAGGCCAGAAAACACUGCCAAACUGGAGAGAGCUCCAAGAAGAGCUGUGUUCAGACUAAGACACACUUACUAGACUCAUCCGCAUGUGCAAUGAGAAACAUGUAUGAAUUUCAGCCGUGCAAUAUUAUUUACAGAGAAUGUGGGCCAUUAACAUGGGCGUAAAGGUUCCCUUGUUAUCACUGUAGCGAUAUGUACUGACUUUUGAAAACAGAUAUAUGGCAUUUCUGGGGUGCAUUUCUCAAAAGCGUAUUGCAACUACAUUAGCUACUUUGUUGGUUGCAAUGAAAUUGCUAAUUGGCAACUACUGAAGUUGCUAACGGCUAACAACUACGCUUUCGAGAAAUGCGCCCCUGUCCUGUUGUUGGACUAAAAACAUGCCUUUGGUUUCAUUACUCUCAGUAUGUUGACCAAAUUAAUGGUAUAUAUGUACAUACUGUCAUCAUCACUAUCAGAUCUCUGUCAUGGCUCUUUCAUAUACUUUCAGAUGGAUAUCAUAAUGAGUGUGCAAUGUCAUUAUUAAUCCCAGCUAAGUACAGUAGACCUCAGAGAAGUGCCGGAUGUGUCUUUUUGAAUGUGUGUACAUAUGGUCUCUGUCCUUUGUCAUAAAAUGUGCUAUAGAUAAACUUGUCAUAUUUUGAGUGUACAUUUUUCGAUUGUAAAAAAAAAACAGACACCUAAAUUAUAUACAUAUAAUAUAUUAAUCUAGUGAUGCAUGGUCCUUGUUGAGUUAUCAAUAUUGAAUUAACUUCAUUGGAUGCCAUAUUGAUGUUGAAAAUUGAAACGAUGUAAACGUCAUUGCCAUUAGAAGAUUUUCUACAUAACUACUGUACAUAGUGAGACUUCCUGAACCAACUGAACACCCCUUUACUGUAACUGUGACCAACAUUGCAUUGGUUUCCUGUUUCAACCUUGCUCACAGAAUAUCUGUUUAUUAAAGUAAAACUUCAUCCACAGACUG